GUCCAUCGCUGAUGACGUCAGAGGAGUGAUUUGGAAGAUGGGACCGGCUUGUGUUUUGAUGCGUCUACUUUUGUUGUAAACUAAUCUCUAUUACGAGGUCCAAAUAAAUGUACAGUAAUUCAUACAAGAAAUAAUGUGAAUGGCUCUAACUACGCGUACGCCAAACUGAAAGGUGCCCAUCGUUGCGAGGCAUUGGAAAACCUUGCUGGUAUCUGUGUUUGAAGUUCACUGCUCGACUGAGGGACCUUACCGAUUUAAUUCAGAUGACUGUGAUGCAGCGGUGACACCUAAACGUUCCUGUAGUUCCACCAUGCCUCAGAAGCUGAUGAAGAGUGCCCACUACAUCGAGCUGGGAGGGAGAUACCAGUACUGGCCCGUGUUGGUCCCCAGAGGGAUAAGGCUGUACACAUACGAACAGAUCCCAGUGUUCCUGAGGGAUAACCCUUACAUCACAGACGGCUACAGAGCCUACCUGCCCUCCAGGCUAUGCAUCAAAAGUCUGUUCAUCCUGUCCAAUGAGACAGUGAAUAUCUGGAGCCACCUGCUGGGCUUCCUGUUGUUCUUCACCCUGGGGAUCUACGACAUGGUGUCCGUGCUGCCUGCCACCGGGGCUUCCCGGGAGGACUACGUCAUCUAUUCCAUAGGACUCUUCUGCUUCCAGCUCUGUAUGCUGUGCUCUGUGGGAUACCACCUGUUCUGCUGUCACCGCUCAGAGAAGACCAGUCGCCGCUGGAUGGCUCUGGACUACGCUGGCAUCUCCAUAGGCAUCCUGGGCUGCUACGUACCUGGGGUCUUCUACGCAUUCUACUGCAAUAACUACUGGCGUCAGGUGUACCUGGUGACGGUGCUAGCUAUGAUCCUGGCGGUGUUCUUUGCCCAGAUCCACCCCCACUACCUCAGCAAGCAGUGGCAGCGGCUCCGCUCCAUCCUCUUCUGCAGCGUGGCCGGCUACGGCCUUAUCCCCACCGUACACUGGGUCUGGCUCAAUGGGGGCUUCUCUUCGGGGCUCGUACAGUCUUUUAUUCCUCGUGUUCUGGGGAUGUACGUGAUCGCUGCCUUAGCCUUCACCUUCUACGUCUCGAAGGUCCCUGAACGCUACUUCCCAGGUCAGUUGAACUACCUGGGCUCCAGCCACCAGCUGUGGCAUGUUCUGGUCAUUGUGAUGUUCUACUGGUGGCACCAGGCUGCCCUCUUCAUCUUAACCCACCGCCACAGCCACCCCUGCCCAGACUACACUGUGCACGCCUAGGACUGCCCAGACUACACUGUGCACGCCUAGGACUGCCCAGACUACACUGUGCACGCCUAGGACUGCCCAGAGUAAACUACCCCCAGGCAGACUGACUGCCCAGGCUACCCCCAGGCAGACUAUGACGAGGACUGCCCAGGCUACUCCCAGUGUAACAGAGUAGGCCUCGUCCAGGCCCAUCACUGGGCUCGAACCUAGACCCUUCUGCACAACACUCACAAAGCAGCGUUACCCAUCACCCCACACAAAUGACUACUUCAAGGGCUGCUGCUACAAAGACAGAUGGACGGAGCCAGAAUAAGCUCGGGAUCCCAUUUCUGCCACCAUGGAGCGGCAGACCAUGGCAGUACCAACCACAACAAGUCAAAUCCCACCCAGUCAACCAUUUUCAAAUGCUUUGUCAAUUUUAAGUCGCUUUGGAUAAUAGCAUCUACUAAAUGGAAUAUAUUAUGAAACACUGGGGUGACUGGCUGCAGGAUCUUGUUACACUACUUUGUUCUAGGUGUAGGCUGACCAAGCGCACAGACUCUGCCUGAAAGCUGGCAUUGGGAACAACAAUACGAUACACUACUCCCGAGAAAGAAGAAGAAGAAAUAUGACAACUUAACUUUGAUUAAAAGCAAUCCUGUUUGGAAUCAAACCAAAGAUAUGGUGGAGCUUAUAUUGGCUGAAGUGGUUCCCACUGAAUGUACUCAGACCCCCUGCCUUAUUCCACAUGUUGUGUUAAAGCCUGAAAUAUAUUUAAUACUGUCACCCAUCUACACACAAUACCCCAUAAUGACAAAGUGAAAACAUGUUUUUGGAAAUGUUAGCUAAUUUAUUGAAAAGUGAAAAACAGAAAUAUUCAAACCCCCGAGUCAAUACAUGUUAGAAUCACAGCAGUGAGUCUUUCUGGGUAAGUCUAAGAUUUAUGCACAAUAUUUGCACUUUUUUUAACAAAUUUUCUAAGUUCUGUCAAUUUGGUUGUUCAUCAUUGCUAGACAGCCAUGUUCAAGUCUUGCCAUGGAUUUUAAGUCCAAACUAACUAGGCCACUCAGGAACAUUUAAUCUAGUCUUGGUAAGCAACUGUAGUGUAUUUGGCAUUGUGUUUUCCUGCUGAGAGGUGAAUUUGUCUCUGUUGGAAAACAGACUGAACCAGGUUUUCCUCUAGGAUUUUGUCUGUGUUAAGCUAUAUCCUGUUUCUUUUUAUCUUAAAGAAAAAUCCCUAGUCCUUGCCAAUGACAAACAUACCCAUAACAUGAUGCAGCCACUACCAUGCUUAAAAAUCUAAAGUGUAGUACUUGGUGAUGUUGUUAAACAACGCUUUGUAUUCAGGACAAAGUUAAUUUCUUUGCCACAUUUCUUAGCAGUUUUACUUUAGUGCCUUAUUGCAAACAGGAUGCAUGUUUUGGAAUAUUUUUUAUUCUGUACAAGCGUCCUUUUCACGCUGUAAUUUAGGUUAGUGUUGUUGAUCCAUCCACAGUUUUCUCCCAUCACAGGCAUUAAACUCUGUUUAAAACACGGCCUCAUGGUGAAAUCCCUGAACGAUUUCCUUCCUGUCCGGCAACUAAGCUAGGAAGGACGCCUGUAUCUUUGUAGUAACUGGGUGUAUUGAUACACCAUCCAAAGUGUAAUUAAUAACUUCAACAUGCUCAAAGGGAUAUUCAAAGUCUUCUUUUUUUUUACCCAUCUACCAAUAGGUGCCCAUCUUUGCGAGGCAUUGGAAAACCUUGCUGGUCUUUGUGGUUCGAUCUGUGUUUGAAAUUGACUGAUGGCCCUUACAGAUAAUUGUGUGUGUGGGGGGUACAGAGAUG